AUGCCUGGGAACAAGUGUAAUGACAACUCACAAGUCCCUAGUACUCGAAUAGCGAGGCUCUUAAGAGAUAGAGAGCUAAGAAGAAGCAGCAGAGCUUCUUCUUCAAGUGAUGGUACUGAUGGUAACAUAGGGUCUGAGGUCUUUGAGAACGAUAGCUCUGCAUCUUCCUAUGUGGAACAAUAUUUAGAAAACAUUGCACAAGCACAUAAUAAAGGGUGGGAAAGUCCCGACGGAAGGCCUAUCAGACAAAGAUUGUUAGUGGUUGCUAACAGACUUCCUGUAUCUGCAGUUCGGAAAGAUAAAGAUUCCUGGUUGCUAGAGAUAAAUGCAGGGGGUCUAGUAAGCGCUCUUCUUGGAGUAAAGGAUUUUGAGGCACGGUGGAUUGGCUGGGCAGGUGUAAAUGUGCCAGAUGAGGUUGGGCAGAAGGCUCUUACUAAAGCACUAGCUGAAAAGAGGUGCAUCCCUGUUUUCCUUGAUGAAGAAAUUGUUCAUCAGUACUACAAUGGCUACUACCUUCAGUAA